AUACAACGUGCACGUUCAUUGACCCAAGUGUUUAUGUUCGGUUUGGAGGUUUGCCAUAGGUGUGUUCUACAUAUCAUGCAAAGCGCGAGCAAUUCAUGUCAACUCUCAGAUAAUUUCGGUCUUGGGUAUUUGCAACUAUUCAUGUGAUUAAAUCCAAGUUCCAGACAUAUUUUCGCUAACUCGUGUCUAAUUCUUAUGAAAGCAGGGUCGUCCUUUUAGAGACUUUUGACUCGUGAGUUUAACCAUUGAAGCCUUGUCGUGUAACACAAGGACCUGUUUUAGAUAUAUUGCAAAAUAUACUAUUGCCUAUACAUUGGUUUUGUUUCUAAAAAGAGGAAAGUAACUUUAUUGUCCCUUGAGAUGUGCAAGAUAGCUGUGCCGAGCCCAUGUAGAACGGACGAGGAAAGGAUUAAGGUUACCCGUUAUUUCAGAUGACAGCUGUGAGUUGUGCUAUUUAUAACACGUUGACGUAAUGGAAAAAUUUCGUUUCCGUAAAGGCGAUCAGACUUCCGGUAUGGGAGAUCGCAUACCCCAAGAGCAGAUAGACGGGCAGCAGGACAGUACUCACGGGGUGGUGCUGCAGCAGCAUGGGUACCAACAGAAACAACCGCACCUGCAACAGCUGCAGCACAAUUAUCAACAUCAUCUGCUACAACAGCAACAGCAACAACAGCAGUAUCAGCAGCAGCAGCAGCAGCGGCGGUAUCAGACUCGGACACCCACCGCCGCGUUGCCGCCACAGGACGAGAGGUUUCGAUCUCAGACCAACUGGAACGGAGUCCUGCAGGAUUUAUUCGGCGUCGAUGCUCCGCCCACCGCCGGCUCGACCCACGAAUCAACGAGCUCGGGCGUGGCUUCUGACGUGGCCUCACUAUGCCCGCCCACAUCGUCCUUGGGCCUGUCACACGUCAAGGGGACGGAGUCUGCCGGUUCAGCCGGUUCUGCUAAGUCCACGGGGUCGGGGGGCCGGUCGCAAGACUCUGGAACACAGAGCGCGUGCGCGUCAUCCCCCGGUUCCCCUCAACCAGACCGACAGCUUCAAAAACAACAACAGCAGCAGCAACAGCAACAACAACAACAGUCUGUAACGUCUUUCUCACAUAAGCCGCUCUUGCACGGAUCGAGGUCUUCUCCAGCCCCUCCCCUUCCGGUAGCGCCACCUCCGGUUCCGGUCUCCCCUGUGCCAGUUCCUCCGCCAUCGACGUCCUCAUCCGAAACCAAAUCAAAAUGGCGGGGCGGAGGGGAAUACAGAUCAGGGGAAUCCUCCUCCUCGUCUCCACUCAACGUCUACACCACCAUUACGUCACGCACGGAUUCCCCAAACCAAACCCAAGGCUCGAGACAGAGACACCAACCUCAGCCUCGUCUUCGCCGCUCCAGAUUCCCAGAGGGCAAUGACGUCACCUCGGGAUAUCCCGGGAAUUUCCCAGAAGGGGAUUGUCCAGAAAAGUCCCGUGUCCUCCUCUGCCCAGCGUCUGCCUCUGAUGCUCGAUUUGACGACCCGUCUUACUACUGUGAGAUUAGUCAGUGCCGGUCUGGACUACCAUCCAAAUCAAACACUCGAGAUCAUGGCGCUGUUGUCAGCAAUGGUGAGCUCAGACAGCCGCAGGAUUAUCAUUCCGGGUGUUCUUGUGAUAGCUGCCGUUCCCUUAGUCCGCGGCAUUUUGAAGAGCAGCAAAUUAUGUCUCACCAAACGAGCACUGCUCACAAAAACCACCUGUCCGCCAGCAAACAUUCAAAGACUAAUAAUGAAGCUCCAACACCUACGCCAAGACAGCAGCAAAAUGUGAAGGGCAAACAUCCAUCCAAGUCAAAACCACCGCCGUUUCUCUCAACAACUAACCACCAACAGCAACAGCAGCAACUGUUCAAACAGCUUCACGAAGAGCAUAUUCAGCAGCAGCAGCAGCACCACCACCACCAUCAGCACCAGUAUCAGCAACAGUAUGUCCAGCCAUCACCUCUACAACAACAGAAACUGUCGCCUCACUUUCACUCUCAUCCUCACCUCAACCGACACGCACUGUCUCCCCCUCCCUACGAACAAGCAACGCACGCACUAGCAGUCCGGCGCUCGGCUAAAGAUAGGACCUCACCUUCCAGUCCACGUCCGAUAGUUCACGAAGAGGCUGAGAUAGACCCUGACCCUCUGGCGAUACAGCCCUCUUCCGCACACAUUCCCAACCACGAUAAAUCUUCUGGGAACAGCAAAACGAUUUUGGACAUAUCUGAAAUCGACCAGCUAACAGGCAUGGUAGGACGUAGGUCUAGCUCACGUUUGGACAGCCGGAGCGGGGAUCCGAACGUAAUCCUUGCAGGCAAAAUGGACAAUCAGUGGACUCACUUACCCCAGGCCCUGUCCGAGUCCCACCUCCACCAGCCAGCCAGUAGAACGAAGGGCGGGUCUAGGGGCAGUAGGCACGUGUUACAGUCGUUCACAGCAGCGGAGGUACACAGGCCUCCUGCACACAGUCAGACCCACAACCGCCAGUCGCCAGCCUCGCCUUCACAACAGCCUACCACCCCGAAGCCCCGCCCAUUUGAGAGACUAACCAAUGAUCUGCUGCUGAAAAUUCUUGCCCACCUACCCACAGAUUGCCUUUGUAGAUGUGCCCAGGUGUGUCGGCACUGGUACAACACUGUGUGGGAUCACCCGAUCCUGUGGACGUCCAUCGUGAUCAACAACCCCAACAUCGACAUCGACAAGGCGCUCAAGUACCUCACCAGGCGACUCAGCUACAACACGCCCAAGGUGUGCAUGAUUGUGGAGAAGGUAAACAUCAACGGCUGCUGUCGACUGACUGACCGCGGGCUACAGACGAUGGUCAAGCGAUGUCCUGAGCUGAGGGUGCUGGACAUGCAGGGGUGUCACCUGAUCACAAACUCUGGCGUCACGGAGGCAGUAUCGCGCUGUGUCAAUUUGGAGCAUCUCGAUGUCACAGGCUGUCCGCUGGUGACCUGUAUCCGGCUGACCGAGUCUGUGAUGUCACAGAGCGCCUCCCGACACCUCCAGCGGAUCUUCCUCCGCUACCUGGACAUGACCGACUGCCAGCAUGUCACUGACCAGGACCUGACCACUAUUACGUCACAGUGCACCCAGCUCCUGUUCUUCUACCUCCGCCGGUGUCCGCUGGUCAUCUCCGGGAGUUGAGUGUGAGUGACUGCCACAACAUCACAGACCUGGGCAUGAGGGAACUGUCCAAGCUACGGGACAAUCUGCGCUACCUCAGUGUGGCCAAGUGUGAUAAGGUAUCAGAUGAGGGUGUGCUGCACAUCGCCAAACACUGCAGCAAACUGCGGUACCUCAACGUGCGGGGCUGUGAAGGUGUGUCUGACCGCGGCAUUGAAUUCCUGGCCCGGAACUGUCCCCGACUCAAAUCUUUAGAUGUCGGCAAGUGUGACAUCACAGACGAAGGGCUGUAUGCACUGUCCAUCUACUGCCCGAGCUUGCGGAAGCUGAGCGUCAAGUCAUGUGACGCAAUCACAGACAAGGGCCUGGUGCUGGUGGCGUACCGGUGUCCCUCGCUGCAGCAGCUACACGUCCAGGACUGUUGUCUAUCUCCCGAGGCCUACGCCAUGAUUCGGAAGUACUGCAAAAGAGCCAUCAUCGAGCAUACCAACCCGGGAUUUUUGUGAUAGAAACGGUCUCUACUUCUGGAAGUCUUAACUUAUGAAGUCUUAAAUGUUAUUAACUGUGAGUGACGUAUCUAUAUGCAUGGACCACGGAUAAGUCCUGUUGAUGAUGGAUAUGUGCGUGUCACUGAUACUCAACUACUCACCAACAGGCGAAACUAUGAACUUCUGCCAACUAUGAAAAGAUAUUCAUAGACAAACGCUCAGGCUACAGCUGCCAGGCGACCAUGUGAAAAGAGGCUCCUUGUGUUCCUUUUCUGAAAUAGCAGAAGGUAAAGAUUCUAUGAGAAUAGGAUGUUCUUUUUCGAGAGCAGUGGAGCCCCACAGAAGUCUGCUUUAAACUCAUGACGUGCAAUGAGAAAUGACACCUCCCAGAAGCAACUUUUUCUGCACCUGAAGAUUACUGAUGGAUAUACAAGUACUUCAGGAACCCUCGAGGUCUGACCACAUAACGUUUUGACGCUGAACAGCUAAUGGAGGGUACAGGUUUUGACACCAAAAUAACAUUUUGGACUUUACAUCUUGUAUGUCUCAUUUUGCAAAAGUUCAGAUGGGAAAGACCGUUUUACAGUUUGGGGAAAAACUUUUCAGGUAAUCGUUAUUCUUCUUUUUACGUAGGAAGUAAUUUUGUCAUAUGCAACUUUUCAACACUUCACUAGAAGCCUUGCAGAUAAGUGGCUGGUGUCUCACUUCAUGUCUAUGUCACUCGGCCGAGGGAGGGUGGAGCACCAGUGCUGUCGAUACAUUCUAUCUUAUACUUCAAUAACUUGAGCUGACCAUGUGGCACAGUGACCUACUUCACAGACUCCUCUGAUCUAUUUCCAGCUGGUAAUGAUAAAUAAUAAUAGUAUUUGUAUAGCGCAUUCGCCCAACAGCAAACUCUGUGGCCUUUAUAAUCUGUAUUAUAUUUAAGGCUUCCCAAGAAGCAUGCAGUUUCAAGCAGCCAUUUAAGCUCUCAACGAUAUGAGAAGAUUUUUCGCUGUCUGUAACAGGGAACCCAUUCCCAGCUGAGUAAAGUGAAGAAAAUUGGUGUAAAGUGUCUUUCCUAAGACACAACAUCAUUUGAAUCCUCAUUCUUUCGGUUAUGAGCCCAACAUUGCAGUAGGCCUACCAAAGACUGGCUCCAAAUAAGAUGCCGAUCUUCUUGCCUAUCAGAGUAUGUGGUGAAAUACAGGAUGUCUUUAGAAAAAGGACCAAUUUAAAGGGCAAUAACUCUACCAUCUUUGUACUAAUUUCCACAAACCUUUGCACAAAUGAAAUUCAAUUAAGAGGUCAUCAAUUUUUUAAAAUGAAAAAAUCAUCUAGCAUAUUCGAGAAAUAUCAAUUUUUAAAAAGCUCUAUUAAAUUUACGUAAAACUCUAAACUUAACUCCUUAAAAGCACCAAGCCUGGUUUCAGGACAAGGACGGUAAAACACCAACUGUCACAAUCAAGAAAUGGGUAUUUCACCGGACUGACAAAGUUGUAGAGAUGUUGUAUGUGUGUGUGUGGAGGGGAGGGGGGAGAAGAAAGGAUUAUGCUGUGGAGGACGCCCGGUUCCAGCAGGGUAGGGCUACACUCCAUGCAUCAAGUGAGGACCUUGUAUGGUUGCAAGAAAGGUUUGAACAACACCUUAAAGCCGAAAGCUUAUAAAUAAACAGUCAACACAUUCUCAAUUUAAUCAUAUUGUGUUUUUUUGACUGAGUGUAUGAAAACAACCCACGAACAAUCAAACAGUUUUUUAUUCAAACGCCUAGACGCCGUCAUUGAAUCACUAGGAAUUGGGCAAAUCUCAAAUGUCUAUAUUAUGCAGUAACUUAUGUAACAAAGCAUUUUAAAAAGUGGGUUACAUAAUACCAUCGUACUACGUCAUAAUAUAUUAAAUAUCUGAAUUUCAGAUUCAGGGUUACGAGCAUAAAGAAAUAAAAGUUUUUUGUUUCUCCUGUUAAAAAAACCCAACAAAAAACAGUUGAAACACGAUGUUGAACCACUGGUCUAAGGAAUAGACCCAGAAACAUGCCUCAGUGUUAUUUAAAAAGUCCAGCCGUACGUGUAUUCAAGCUUGUCUGGAUAGAAAUGCUUAACAGCUGGAACUUAUAGACUUCAACAUAAGUUAAGGACCAUUUGCAAACACUCUGAGUGGGUCGACAUACUUCUUGGGUCGGCCUGCACGUGGGCGUUUUUAGACUGAUCCAGUGGCUUGAUGGCGUUGCCUGAGGCGGACGAUGACAGGACAGAGUGUGGCACAGCAAGCCUUCUGGCAACUUCCAGGGCUGACAAAAUCCUGAAGCCAUGCCAUAGCUCUGGUACGACCAAAGUCUCUCAUUUUAGUGGCAUAUUGAUGCGAUACUGAAUUUUGCAUAAGCGGCGGCUUAUAAAUUAUAUUGCCACCAAAGUGAGCACAGCUCGAGACCGUACGUCCGUUUGUGACGUGCACCAGAAAUUUUAACGGG